AUGUCUAGUGCUGAUAGGAUUGACUUUGAGAUGGAGGUAGAAGUAGAAAGUGCAUCUUCAGGACCAUCUGCAGACGUUCUGCUGCCAACUCCACCGAAUGAAUCUGCACCAGGUUAUAUUGAAUGUGCUUUGGGGUCAGGUGCUAACAAAAGCGUUGUAGUAACAAAUGCUACAUCUGGCUCAGUCACGGUUUCUUUACAUCCUCUUGUUAUCAUGAAUGUCUCUGAGCAUUGGACAAGGUUGCGAGCACAAGAAGGGUCUUCUCAAACAGUUGUCGGCGCUUUAAUAGGAAAGCAGAAAGGACGUAAUAUUGAAGUAAUGAAUUCAUUUGAAUUGCUGUUCAGUGUUAUUGAUGGUGAUAUAAUUAUCGAUAGAGACUAUUACAAUUUAAAAGAAGAACAAUUUAAACAAGUAUUUUCUGAUAUGGACUUCCUUGGGUGGUACACAACUGGUGAAGCUCCUACAGAGAGAGAUAUUGCAGUGCACAGACAGAUAUGUGACAUUAAUGAAUGUCCAGUGAUGUUAAUGCUUAAUCCUGCUGGGAGAAAUGGAGAGCAACUGCCGGUAGUACUAUAUGAGUCAGUGAUAGAUGUAGUUAAUGGUAGAGCAACAAUGCUUCUAGCUCCAUUAACCUAUACUUUAGCUGCAGAAGAAGCUGAAAGGAUUGGAGUUGAUCAUGUUGCUCGAGUGUCGAGUGGAGAAGCAUUAUUCAACAGUUUAGUUGCUGAUCAUUUGACUGCCCAGCGGUCUGCCAUUAAAAUGUUAGUUUCCCGUGUGAGGGCGGUGUUGGCUACAGUUCGUGCCAUACGCGACGGAAACCUUCCCCCCAGACCAGGUCUAUUACGGGAGGCACGCGCUCUAGCCAAUCGUCUACCGCUGCUUACUUCACAACAAUUUCGCACACACUUCUAUAACCAAUGCAACGACGUGGCGCUCAUGACCUAUCUGGGGACAAUUACAAAGGGCUGCAACGCAAUCAACCAGCUGGUGAAUAGGUUCAACGUAAUGUACGACAGACAGGGCAUGGGGCGUCGUAUGAGAGGUCUCUUCUUUUAG